CAUGACGUCACCUGAGAGCGUCAGUGAGAGAGGAACCUUCCCUUUUAGAAAACUUGAAGCUCUCCACUAGGAUACAUGCGAUACAUUGGGCAUUUCCCCCUCCAGUGGCUCGUCACGUUCUCGGCUGGACUUAGAGAAAGUGUUGUGCUGAAGAAAUUACGCGUAAAUGAGGCAGCUCACAAGAACGCGGCUCUCCGCGGGCUUCUCCAGAUGACCAAACCUACAGUCGGGGCUUCUAGUGUGGAACAUGGGGAGAGAGGUGACGGGAGCUCACCUCAUCGCAGUCGUUUUCUUUAUUAUUCUUUACAGGUGCACAAAUGCACAAGAAACUCUCAAUGGACUCACUGGUUUUAGUUUGAGUCCUCCUUACUUCAACCUGGCGCAUAGAGCAAGGAUUUCUUCAACAGCCACCUGCGGGAAGGAUGACUUCGGGACACCGAGAGCUGAUUUGUACUGUAAACUCGUUGGAGGGCCAACCGCUGGAUUUCUCACUCAAAACAUUCGGGGCCAGUUCUGUGACUACUGCAAUGCCGCGGACCCAAACAAAGCCCACCCGGUGACCAACGCAAUUGACGGGACGGAACGCUGGUGGCAGAGCCCCCCUCUUUCCAAGGGGCUGGGCUACAAUGAGGUUAAUGUCACUCUGGACCUCGGACAGCUGUUUCAUGUUGCUUACAUCAUCAUAAAGUUUGCUAAUUCGCCUCGACCCGACCUGUGGGUCUUGGAGCGCUCCGUUGACCACGGGAGGACCUUCACUCCCUGGCAGUAUUUUACACAUUCGAAGCAUGAGUGCAUCGAUAGGUUUGGAAAGCAUCCCAACGCUCCACUUACAAAUGACGACGAUCAGCUCUGCACCACUGAUUAUUCCGGAAUUGUCCCUCUGGAGAACGGAGAGAUUGUAGUGUCCUUGAUCAAUGGUCGACCAGGGUCUGGAGACUUCACCCGAUCUCCAGUGCUGCAGCAUUUCACCAAGGCCACCAACGUACGGCUGCGUUUCCUGCGCACCAACACACUGCUGGGUCAUCUCAUCUCCAAGGCAAUGAGAGACCCGACCGUCACACGCAGGUACUAUUACAGCAUCAAAGAUAUCAGCAUCGGUGGGCGCUGCGUGUGUCACGGCCAUGCUCAGGCGUGCAGUGCCACUAGUGACCCGGAAGACCCAAACAAGCUCCAGUGUGAGUGCCAGCACAACACCUGUGGUGAAUCAUGUGACCGCUGCUGUCCGGGCUUCAGCCAGAAGCCGUGGCGUGCCGCCGCUGUUGACAGCCCCAACGAGUGUCAACCCUGCCAGUGCUUUACUCAUGCCGCCGACUGUUAUUAUGACGCCGAGGUGGAAGCCAGAGGAGCAAGUUUAGACAUUACCGGUGGGUACAGUGGAGGAGGCGUGUGCAUCAACUGCCAGCACAACACUGCUGGAGUUAACUGUGAGCGAUGCGUUGAAGGUUUCUUCAGACCUUAUGGAGUGCCCCCUAAAUCUCCCACUGGAUGCCUACCUUGCAGGUGCGAUGAGCGGACAUCGGCAGGCUGUGAAAUGGGUUCUGGAAAGUGCAUCUGCAGAGUUCAGUUUGACGGAGAAAACUGCGAGCGAUGCGCAGAAGGCCACUAUUACUACCCUCAGUGCAUCCCAGGUUAUCCUGAGCACCAGACAACCACCAAAUCCCCUGCAGGACCCAUUUUUGUGCCUACUGUCUGCCCUGUGGGUUAUUUUGGCUCAAUCAGUUGCCAGCGGUGUGCGUGUGACCACAGAGGGACAGAGCACGAGGUGUGUGACACUUCAGGACGUUGCCAAUGUCGUCGCACUGUAGAGGGCCAACAAUGUGACCGUUGCAGACCAGGCUUCCACUCCUUUCCAGAUUGCCAUGCGGCAGCAUGUCUAUGUGAUGGAGCCGGUGUGGCUGAGAGUGUUUGCAGUGCAAGUGGUCAGUGUAUUUGCCUUCCCAACUAUGGAGGUCCGAACUGUGAGCAAUGUGCACCAGGCUACUACGGGUACCCAGAAUGCGCUGGCUGCCAGUGUUCUCGGGAAGGUUCGUACGGCACCCCAUGUAACCCUCUGUCGGGUCAGUGUCUGUGUCUGCCUGGGGUGGUGGGUCAGCAAUGUGACCACUGUGCGUCUGGACACAGGUUCCCUUCAUGCUUAGACUCCAUCACUGAGUGUAAUCCAUAUGGGACAGAGAGUAUAGAACCUCAAAUGGGUUCCUGCCGCUGCCGAGCCAACAUAGAGGGAGUCUUGUGUGACACAUGUAAGCCUCUUCACUGGAAUCUAGCAGCUGACAGUCCACAUGGUUGUGAAGGCUGCAGGUGUGAUGUCAAAGGGACACUGAGUGGUGUUGGAGAGUGUGAACAGAAAAACGGCCAGUGCCACUGCAAGCCCCGUGUAGGCGGACGUACAUGCGACUCCUGCGAUGACGGCUACUACUUGUUGCAAAAAAAAAAAUAUUUUGGUUGCCAAGGUUGUGAGUGCGAUGUUGGCGGCGCUCUCAGCGCGGCUUGUGACGCCAGGUCCGGACAAUGUCGCUGCCGCAGUAACAUAGUCGGCCUUCAAUGCACACAGCCGGCACCAAGCUACUAUUUCCCCUCUUUGCAUCAGAUGAAGUUUGAGGUGGAGGACGGCACCACACCAAACUCCAGACCGGUGCGUUUUGGUUACGACCCCCAAGAGUUCCCAGAGUUCAGCUGGAGGGGUUAUGCCCAACUGUCCAAUGCGCAGAGUGAAGUCAGAGUAACAGUGCAUGUCGAUCCAAAAGAUGCCAAACGCAACUUAUAUCGUGUGGUGCUGCGAUUCACUAACCCAAGCCGCGCCAGUGUGAGUGGUAGCAUCAAGGCGGCUCAUUACAGAGGCGGUACAGCAUCAGUGCAGAGUAAAGAAGUAGUUUUUCCUGAAAGUUCCCGACCCUCGUUCCUUACCGUGCCUGGAGAUGGCUUUGCUGAGCCCUUUGCAUUGACGCCUGGGAAUUGGAUCAUCCACAUCAAAGCACCAGGGGUUCUGCUUGACUAUCUGGUCCUGCUGCCUCAGGAUUACUAUGAGGCACCACUGCUUCAGGGAGAGAUCACAGAGCCCUGCACAUACAUUAAUACAGCACCUAGAAAUAAGAACUGUCUCCUGUACAAGCACGUAGCCAUGGAUGCCUUCAGCUCAGCCUUAGGGGUGCAGGGAAGCCUCUCUAGCCGAAGGGGCCGCAAGAAGAGGCAGGCUCUUGUGCGGCGACCCACCCCGGACCACCCCGAUAUGGCCUCUCUGCAUGGCACACAGUCACAGUUGCAACUCAGUCUGCGUGUGCCUCAACCUGGACCUCAUGCGCUCAUCUUGGAGUAUGCCAGCCAGGUGGACAGUGUUCAGAAUGUCAACAUCCUGGUGGGUGUUCAGCAUGGUGGACAAAUGCGAGCCAGGGCCAACAUAUACAGCUGUGAAUAUAGCUUUUUGUGUCGGAGUGCGGCACUGGACAGCAAAAAUCAAGUGGCUGUGCUGCAGCUGGCUCACAGAACAGAUCUUCUCCUGCAGAUGUCCACCGCCUCUUUCCUGCUGCACAAAGUCUACGCUGUUCCUGUUAAGGAGUUCUCCAUGGAGUAUGUGGAGGCCAAGGUGAUGUGCAUUUCCACCCACGGUCGCUUUACUGACGACAGUCAGCACUGUGUUCUGAACCAAUUGGACACGCGUUCACCAGGCUGGGUUUUGCACGCGGCCAGUGAUGGGAAGUUGAACGCUGUUCAGCAACAAGGAGACAACACUGACUGGAGACAGAGACGACAGUCAGACCUCUUUCCUCACGGUGACGAGAUCUUGCUCAAAUACCCGCAGACAGAAAUAAGCUUCACACCCAAAGUGCCCCUCCCUGGCCGAUACGUGCUAAUUUUGCAUUAUCGCCAGCCAGAGCAUGUUUCCUUCCCUGUAGAAAUCCGAGUGGAUGCCGGUCAUAAUUGGAAAGGUUCCAUAAAGGCAUCAUUCUGCCCCUCAGUGUCAGGCUGUAGAGACGUGCUGGUUGCUGAUGGGCACACCAUCCUCGACUUGACCCAGCGAUCUUGGCAGCCGCCAGUCAUCUCAGUCAUUGUUCCUCCUCGCAAAAUUCUUAUUCUGGGUUAUAUAUUGCUGGUCCCUGAGAGUAGUUACACUCCUGACCUCUUAAGAGAGAAGCCACUGGACAAGUCAGCACUUUUCAUUCAGCAGUGCAGAGGAGAAGGCUUCUUUAUUGACCCUACAACAUCCUCCCAAUUUUGCCAAGAAUCUGCACGCUCUCUGGUGGCAUUUUAUAAUGAUGGAGCUCUGCCUUGCAACUGCGACCAAUCAGGGUCCACUGGAUCUGUGUGUGACCCAGCUGCUGGACAAUGUCCCUGCAGGCGUCACGUCAUCGGGCGGAGGUGUACCAAGUGUGCCAUGGGGUACUAUGGUUUCCCUUACUGCAGACCGUGUGAGUGCGGCCGCCGACUGUGCGAUGAGGUGACUGGUCGUUGCGUGUGCCCGCCUCAGACGGUCAGGCCGACCUGUGACGUGUGUCAGAACCAGACAUUUAGUUUUCAUCCUCUGCUGGGCUGCGAGGGCUGUGACUGUUCUGGGAAAGGCCUGCGAGCUGAUGCUGGGCCCGCAUGCGACCGUGUCACUGGACAGUGCAGCUGCAAACCCCGGAUUAGCGGACGGCGGUGUGAUCGAUGUGCUGCAGGUUAUUACCACUUUCCUGAUUGUAUCCCUUGCGACUGCGAGCAAGGCGGAGUCACACUUGACGUUUGUCACCCCGACACGGGCAGGUGUCUCUGCAAGAAAAAUGUCGACGGCAUCAGGUGCGAUACAUGCCGGGACGGCUCCUUCUACUUUGACCCGUCCAACACUGACGGCUGCACUGGCUGCUUUUGCUUUGGAGCCACCGACAAGUGUCACAGCUCUAGCAAACGCAGAGGCAAGUUUGUGGAUAUGCGUGGCUGGAAGUUGGAAAGUUCGGAUCGCAGAGAGAUUCCGUCAGUGUUGAAUGUGGCCAGUAACACCAUGGUAGCAGAUGUCCAGGAGCUUCCAUCUUCAAUUCAAGCCUUACACUGGGUGGCCCCGGCCUCAUACCACGGAGACAGGGUGUCGUCUUAUGGGGGUUUCCUCACCUACCAGGCCAAAUCCUUUGGGAUUCCCAGUGAAGGAAUGAUUCUUAUGGACAGAACUCCAGAUGUCUUACUGACUGGCAAGGACAUGACACUUAUCCAUUUAGCUCCUCAAGUCCAGUUGCCGGACAAACUAUAUCAAGGCCGAGUCCAGCUUGUAGAGAGAAACUGGCGCCACGCUGGUACAAACAGGCCCGUUUCCAGGGAACAGCUUAUGAUGGUCCUUGCAAGUCUGUCACGUCUGCGGAUCCGAGCCUUGUACUUUACGCAGAGUCAGCGGCUUAGUCUGGGCCAGGUCGGCAUGGAGGAGGCCACUGACACGGGGACCGGAGGUCCUGGUAACACCGUGGAAGUCUGCUCAUGCCCACCUCAGUUCGCCGGAGACUCCUGCGAAAAAUGUGCACCAGGAUACUUCCGAGAUGGCAGCAGCGGGCCAAACUUGGGUCGUUGUGUGCGUUGUAACUGUAAUGGUCUGGCAGAUGAGUGCGAAGAUUGGACCGGGAGAUGCCUGAACUGUCAGUACAACACUGCUGGAGACAGAUGUGAAUACUGCAAAGAAGGUUACUACGGUAUUGCAGCUCAGAGGACGUGCCAAGUGUGCCCUUGCCCUUACAGCACGGCCUCAAACAACUUUGCAGUAGCUUGCAGAGAGAUCUAUGGAGAGUUCCAGUGCAUUUGCAGAACAGGAUACACUGGAGACACAUGCGAGAAAUGUGCUCCUGGUUUCUAUGGUGACCCACUGGUUCCGGGAGGAAGUUGUCGACCCUGUAAUUGUAAUGGAAACGCCAAUAUCUGUGAUCAAAGGACUGGAGUUUGCAAGGGCACGUCUGAGCCUAGAGACACAAACACAGAAGACCGAUGCCAAGACUGUGAUAACUGUGCCCAGACUUUACUACGAGACUUGGAGAACAUGGACGAUGAACUGGCGAGGAUCAAAGCUAAACUGGACAGCGCCUCCGCUGGCACCUCCUCCCAAGAUAGACUCAGGAAGUUGGAGCGAGCCGUAUCGGACACCAAGAAUCUUGUGAACAAAUUCAGUAACUCUGUCAAUGGCCAAAGUUCCAGAGUCAAACAGCUGGAAGACGACAUGUUGACGCUCUCUGAUGACAUCGGUUCUCUUCAAGACAAGGCUGACCAGACGGCUGUGGAUGCUGACAAAGCAGCUUCGGGUGUUGAAAAAACUCACAAGAGGGCUCGCGAUUUGGACCGAGAGAUUGAAAACAUGCUUAACAAAAUCAAAGGUCUGCUGGACCAGCUGAAGGAUGCGGGCUCCAGCGGUGGCACACCACCUAGUGAGAAUGCGGCUAAGAUGCUUGAGGAUGCCAGGCGCAUGGUGAAGGAGAUGGAGAACAGGAACUUCACACCCCAGAAGAGCGCCGCUGACAAGGAACGGGACGAGGCCAGGAAACUCUUGGACUAUAUCAAGAGCAACAUGAGCAAGCAGUUGGAUGAGAACGAGAACUCUGCAGAUAAGUUGAAAGAGCAGCUGAAGGACUAUGAGGCCAAGCUGAAGCAACUGGACAAGUCUCUGAAGAACGCCACUGAUUUGGUGAAGAGAGCCAACGCCCAGAACGAACUCAACGCUCAAGCUUUACCAGAGAUGCUGGAUCGCAUCAACAAUCUCAAGAAUGAACGCAAGACAGUCAAGGAGCAGGUGGAUAUGGCGGCGGAUGAGCUGAAGAAAAUCGAAGAUUUAGUCAAAGGGCUAUCCAACAACAAAAAGGCGUAUGAAAAGUUGGCCGCUGAACUGGACGGCGGCAAGACCGACUUGACCAAGAAGGUUAACGAGAUUUCCAAAGUGGCGGCCAAGGAGGGUGUCGUGGAAGCGGCUGAGAACCACGCAAAAAAUCUCAAGAAGAUGUCAAAGGAACUGGAGGAUGCCGUGAAGAACGCGAGUGAACGCCCCGAGGUUCGCAACGCCAACGACGCUAUCGAUGCCUACAAAAACAUCACUGACGCCGUUAAAGCCGCCGAGGCUGCCGCUAACCAAGCCAAAGAAGCUGCUGACAAAGCCUUGAAUGAUGUAAAAAAACGAAAACUGGCCGAAAGAGCAAAAGACCUGAAUGAGAGUGGUGCUGAACUGGUGCAGAAUGCAGAAGAGGCACAGGAUGUUUUAGAUGAUGCUGCCAAAGAAAUUCCUAACAUAAAGAAGCGACUGAAGAAUGCAGACAGGGUGAAGAAUGAACUUGAGGCUGAACUUGCGGAUGCGCAAAGGAAGCUGGACGACAUUAGAAGAGAUGAUCUUGCCGAUAUGAUUGAUAAUGCCAAGAGAAAGGCUGCUUCCGCUAACGACUCGGCCAGCGACACCAUGGACAAACUUGAUGCCAUCAAGAAAGAAAUGGACAAAAUCAGCGUCACCCCCGGGGAUUCCAACCUUGGCAGCCUGCUGGAUGAUGUGGACCAAACAGUGAAGAACUUGAUGAAAUCCAUUCCAUCACUGAACGACAAGAUCUCAGAGGUGGAGACCAUGACCUCGCAAUUUACGCCACUAAAAAACAUCACAGACAAUGUGAAAAAACUGAAGGAACUUAUUAACCAAGCGCGCGACGCAGCCAACAGGAUUGCUGUGCCGAUGAAGUUCGCAGGCGACGGCCACGUGGAGUUGCAUCCGCCCAAGGACCUGGAGGAGCUGAAGGCAUACACAGCCUUGUCUUUGUCUCUACAGAGGCCUGAGGGCAGGGGGGAUGGACGACGUCGACGCAAACAGGCUGCGGACAAAGGAGACAUGUUUGUGAUGUAUCUUGGCAGCAAAAAUCCCUCCAAGAACUACAUCGGCAUGGUCUUGAAGAACAACGUGCUCCACGCCGCCUACAGGCUGAAUGGAUUGGAGCACGUCAUAAAAACUGAUUCUAUCACCCAAUCUCCAUCAGAGCCAGCCAAGUUUGAUAAAGUGGACCUGAACAGGAUGUAUCAAGAUGCACAGUUGGUUCUCACAAAAGACUUCACAUCGGACACUCCCGGUAUUCCGGUUGUGGGUGCCAACAAAGCAGAUAACACCCAAAACCUCAUGGAUCUCAGCACAGAUGACUUGGUUUUCUACGUCGGAGGCUACCCUUCCAACUUCACUCCGCCAGCACCUCUCAACUAUCCCAUGUACAAAGGUUGCAUCGAGAUGGGCUACUUUAACAACAAGGUUGUCAGCCUGUACAAUUUCCGGAACAAAGACAAAAUUAAUGUGGAGACUCCAUGCAAGAGGUAUGUCUCUCCACUGGGCUUUUAUUUAGAAGGCACUGGCUACGGCCGUGUGAAUAUCGACAAGAAACCAGCAAUUCUCCUUAUCAGCAUAUCUAUCUUGACACAUUCAGAAAACGGCCUGCUUUUAUACAUAGGAAAUGAGGACAAAUAUUUUACAGUGACAAUUGAGAAGGGUGUUGUUCACCUGCGUAGUAACUUGUUACAAGAACCAGCCACAAAGGACUUAAAAACAUUCCCGAAACGAGACUGGUUGGAUGUGCUCAUAAUCGUGACGAACAAAGGGAAGUUUACAGUCCGUGUAGCCAAUAAAGAGGUGGCCUCGGCCGAAGCUCAGUUCACUAGCACUGAAUUCAAAGAAUAUUACAUCGGUGGUGCACCCUCAGAAAUGAGGGAAAAACACAACAUUACAAUGCAAGCUUUAAGAGGCUGCUUGAACAAUGUGAAGCUCAACAACAACUUUAAACUGCUUGACGAGACGGUGGGCAUCAGUAGAGGUUGUCCCAAAGAUUCCUUGACCACUCGGAAAGCAGAGUUUAGGCUGGGAAGCUCCCUGUCGGCGGACCUUCCGGGAUUCAGCCUGAACAAAGAUGGCUUUGUCUCGCUGGGCUUCAAAAGCACUUAUAAGGAUGGCAUCCUCCUGGAGUCGAACCAGGCCGAUAGCAGGAUUCUACUGCGUUUGCAAAAUGGCUUUGUGGAAAUGUCUUUUGACAACAAGAUAUUUACUUCGAAUAACACAUACGCUGAUGGCCAGUGGCAUUAUUUGACUGCGUUCAAAAAAGAUGGACGGACAGGGCUCCGCAUCGAUGACAAUGACAGUGGUCGGGAACUCGGCGGAUUCAUUACUGUGGAGAACACCGGCGGUUCUGUCAUCUUGGGAGGACCCAGAUUCAGAGGUUGCAUCUCCAACCUCUACACCAGAAGGCCAGAACAUCUGUACAAACCCGAGGAUUUGACCGACUUUAAGUCGUCUGGAGACGUUCUAUUGGAUGUGUGCACAUCCGAAAGUCCUGCACAACAGAUGAUUAAUCGGGACCCAAAGAAGAAUGUCCUGAUGCGUGGUAUGAAUGAGAGUGCGUCUCCAUGCGUGCUACCAGGCCUGGUCACAGCCGCGUAUCACAUGGGGGGGCCCGUGAGUCGCUUGAGCUAUAGUCUGCCGUUGCAGGUGUUGCAGCCCAGGCAAGUGCCUUUGCCACACUUUGCUCUGGAUAUCCGGACUCGAUCUCCAGAGGGCUUGUUGUUCUUCGCUGCCACUAGAGGAGGGAACUCUCACCUGGCUUUGUACAUGUCCAAAGGGAGGAUACGACUCUCUGUGGGCAAAAAUAAUGAGAUCUUCAACAGGGAGAAGUACAACGAUGGAAAGUGGCACUCUGUGAUGUUCAGUUUAGAGAAGAAGAAAUUCCGUUUGGUGGUGGAUGGGAUACGAGCGCAGGACGGUCAGCUGAGUCCAUCUGAUGUGGCUUCAAUGAAGCACUUCAUGUCGCCUGUCUUCUUGGGUAGUGCCCCCGACUACCUCCACAAAGAGUUAAAGUCCAAGAGUCUCCCAAAACAAACCGUAUCUGGCUGUGUACGCCAUUUUAAAAUGAACGGCACGCCCAUGCUGAAGCCGUCCUCAAACCACGGGGCUGGCCCAUGUUUUGAGGGCCACACUCAGAGGGGGGCCUACUUCUCAGGGAAUGGAACUCAUGUUGUCAUUAAUGACUCCUUUGCUAUGGGAUCAAGUUUCGAGCUCCUGUUUAACAUUCGACCGAGGACCCAAACUGGACUCUUGCUACAUGUUGGCGAUUCCAGCAGAACUCAAAUAGACCUAACCACGGGCCACUAUGUCAGUAUUUACCUGCUCAGAGGAGAGGUUGUGGCACGAGUUAAUAACGGCAGAGGGGAGUUUAUGGCAUCUGUGCAGCCAAAAACAACACUCUGCGAUGGAAUGUUUCAUAAAAUUUCAGUCAUCACCAUGAAGAAUGUUGUGCAGCUGCAUGUGGAUACAGUGGACACCUACAAGAUAGGACCACCAUCCAACAUGGUUGCAUUGACCAAAUAUCCUGUCUAUGUGGGAGGUGUUCCUGAAGAGAUCGCUUCAAGGCAGACACCACCCAUCAUGUCGUCCUUCGUGGGCUGCAUCCAAGACUUGAAGGUCAAUGGCGAGUCUGUUGUUUUCACCAGGUUGCCCUCAGUCGUUGGGGCAGUCAACCUCAAAGACUGUCCAGGCUAAAAGGCGUCACUGCAUCUUUUUUUUUUUUUUUUUUUCGGCCAAAAGUUGGGACCACCUCCAAAAAACCAUGUGCAAUCUGUUACCAAGAAAACAGAAUGUGUGCGUGUGUCACAGUGUGUAUAUGGUGAGGUGUGUAUGUGUAUGGGUGUAUUUAUCUGAAAUUCAUGCAAUGGUCUGACUCAUCAUUGCAUUUGCUUUGUUUUUUUCUUUUUUUUUUAAUAUGGGAUGAGUCAGUCAAGGCUGCAGUGUAAAGUUCAUAAUACGGCACUUUAAGAGCAUUAUUAAUACAUAAAUAUAUAUGUAUAUUAUUAUUGUGAUGGUGCUUAAAUGAAGAUGAAAAAUGGUUGGACCCAAACAUUUAUAUGACAUUAUUUUGCAGUUGACGGGGCUCGUUUUCCCCCCUUUGGCAUGUUCAAUUCCUAUUAUGCCAUUUGAGUCCCCGGAAAGGCCAUGAAAUCAUGUUUAUGACUGCGUUUUCCAUUUUUUUUUUUUUUUUUUGGGCAUUCCUUCUGCAUGCAUUCUUCCAAGUGGCUCUCAGUAUGGUUUACACUGGACAACAGCAUGUCCCGAGUAAAGAAUUGUUGAAGACUAAAUUGGAGCAAUACUCUGAAAUAGGUACUGCUGCAUGAUCCAGACAAGGUUUACCUCAGAGUAUAUAAGAAAUAAAAUUUAUCAGAAUUGGAACCGUUUGGGGAAAAAAAAGAAAUCAACAACUUGCAUUCCUGUUUGUGACCACUGGUUUGUAAACUUUUUUUAAAUAUUGCCAAUAAAAUUUCCUUU